AUGGAUGAUCAUUUAUUUCCAAGUAAUUCAAGACCAAAACGUCAAAACCCUCAGGCGUGCAGUAACCCAUGUGAAUGUGCAUGUCCAUUCGACCGGGCCGUAAAAGAGCCGGAUCCAACUUUUCUUUGUGACGAGUUCCCACGCUCAGAAUCCGAGUCCCCGUCCGAUUCCCCGUCUCUAUCGUGCAUCUGUGCGCUGCAAUCAACAUCCUCAAUUACGAUAAUCGACCGAUUGUUGGUACUCAACAGCGUCCUCCUCAGAUCCGAAUUCGAGUACACGCUGUUGGCCAUCGCCGCCACCAGGCUGGAUUUCCCCGUCCCCGGCGGCCCGUACAGCAGAUUGGGCCUGAACAGGGUUUAUGAGGCGUCAAACAUUUGGUCAAAGCUUAAGGAGGAAGAAGAAGAUGGGGUUUGGGAAUCUGGUGACGUGGGAGAGUAUGAUUGGGUGGGAAGGCGCGGUUGCAGGGUAAGGGUGUGGGUGGAGGGCGUAUGUGAUCGGGACUCGACUUGGUGGCCACGCUUGUACAGUCUCCCACCGGCAUUACUUCCGCCGCCGCACACACCCACCACAACGUCUCGUCAUCUCAAUUUCGUCAUUGAUAUGCUAUCGGAGGGCGGAGACACCGGUGAUCCCGGCGCAAGCGGCUGCACAUGGCGGUCGGUGCCGCACCGGCGGACGCACAAACACACAGUCCGAUCCACAUAUUCCCUCCGCCGCCAUUUUUUUUUUUUUUCAGAAGAACUUCUGUCGGACACACACAUGACCUCCAGCCAGAGUGGCCAACCACCGUCGCACCUCGACCAGAUCCGAGCAGCUCGCCAUGGCCAUUGGCCACGGACACACACUCACACACAUACACUGCGGCUAAUCGAGGAGGCGACAACGACAGUCGCGUUGGCUUACACGGCGACGUUCGAGUGGUUUCGAAACCUUGUGCCGUGCAGUAACCCAUGUGAAUGUGCAUGUCCAUUCGCCCGGGCCGUAAAAGUGCAGGGUCGAUUUUUUCCUUUGGUGAAAACAAUUAUCCUCUCAUCACCACAAGUCGACCAAAGCCCGUCUAUGAAGUUCAGUAGGCCCGACAAAAUUUCUACAAUUUCUACUCUGCAUCUGGCGACUGCAGUCAAUGUCCUCAAUCACCACAAUGGACCGGUUAUUAGUGUUGAGAAGCAUCGUUCGCAAAUCCAUGUUCGAGUACAUCCCCGUGAGCUCGAGGUCAUACACGUCAAACUUGAGGUAAUUGGCCAUGGCUGCCACGAGGCUCGAUUUUCCAGUCCCAGGCGGGCCGUACAGGAGAUAACCCCUCUUCCAAGCCUUGCCUACUCUUCUGUAGUAAUCCUUCCUUCUCACAAACCGGUCGAGGUCCUCGAUCACGGCCCGUUUCAGGCCCGGGGUCUCGAAAGUGGCUGGGUGGUCAAGGUUCACGUAACCCAACAUUCCGGACCGGCCAGCGCCGUAGUCGUAAUCAUCUUCGCUGCCGCCAGAGUACUGGCGAGUGGAGGUGGAGUACAGCCUCACGGGUCGAUCCUUCUCCUUUAUCUCCUUGGCCCUCAGGAGGACUACAGGGAGGUAGUCGUUGACCACGGUCUCCCGUUCUCGGAUGAGUGGUCCGGCUCGACGUGGACAAACUGCCAAGUCAGGUCGAAGCCGGCGAACCGGUCCUCGACCGGCAGGUUCUGGACAAGACCGAGGGUGAUGGUCUUCUGUUUGGCGGUCUUGUGGACCCGAAGGCGGUCUGAGUCCGGGCGGAGUUUGGUAGAUCUCGGCGGAUUCGUAGAUCUGGUUUGGGAGGAGGCCGGCCUUUUCGUCGACGACGAGGGUCGUGCGUUCGGGUUUGUCGGAGGAAGGGAAGAACUGGCGGAGGAGGCGGAGGAGGUAAGGGCCGACGGUGUAGAGGAAGAAGGAUCGGAUCGGCUGCGGGAUGGCGUCGUUGGCGAUCGAUCGGAAGAGCAUGACGGUGGCCGCCAUGGAAGCGUAGGCGGAGAAGUAUCUGGUCGCCAUUGA